GCAAACACUGCAGAGCAGCGAGUAAUGGCGUCUGCGGAUGACAAGACGUGGCAAAGAGAUGCUGCCGAUCAAAACUUUGAUUAUAUGUUUAAAUUGCUCAUCAUCGGCAACUCCGCUACGGGAAAAACAUCGUUGCUCUUCCGCUAUGCCGAUGAUUCCUUCACUUCAGCCUUUGUAUCUACAGUUGGCAUAGACUUUAAAGUAAAGACUGUCUUUCGAAACGACAAACGAGUCAAGCUGCAAAUAUGGGAUACUGCUGGGCAAGAAAGAUACCGUACUAUAACAACAGCCUAUUACCGUGGAGCAAUGGGCUUUAUUCUACUAUACGAUAUAACAAAUGAAGAAUCAUUUCGAGACGUUCAAGACUGGUCUACACAAAUCAAGACGUACUCAUGGGACAAUGCACAAGUUGUCUUAGUUGGUAACAAGUGUGAUAUGAAAGACGAAAGAGUGGUUUCCAAAGAACGAGGAAUGGAAUUAGCUGAUCAACUCAAUUUGGAAUUCUUUGAAACUAGUGCAAAAGAAGAUAUAAAUGUUAAGGAAGUGUUUGAAAGAUUGGUUGAUAUUAUUUGUGAAAAGAUGGCAGAGACACUAGAUAGUGAUCCAACAAGAAUUGGUGGUUCAAAACCUGGAGUCAAAAAAUUGAAUGAAAAAUCACCAAAAGACCAAUCAUCUGGAUGUGGAUGUUAGUUUUAGAGAAACAUUCCAGGCUGUUGAAAUUAGGAUUGAAAUAUAAUGAAUGUCUUGGGUAUAUAUAUUAUUGAUUUGACAUUAGCAGCAUAUAUUUAUUAGUAGAUCUACUGUAUAUGAAUGAGACUGAUCCUGUGUAGACUAUUUUGUGCAAUUGCAUAAAAUUGCAGUUAAUUGCUAUUUAAUGUAAAUGAAUUCCAUGUCAAUAUGAGCAUACGUCGAUUCAGCACUUAUCAUGUGUUCCUUCCUUUUAAAUUCAACAAAUAUGAUGAUGUAUAGUUUAGGGUAAAUCGAUUAUGAUUUUUGGCACUUCACUCGAUGUAGGUAAAUUCUAGAGGUUGAAAGGGUCUUAAUUUCGAGUGGAA